AUUUAUCAAUAAUAUGAUUUGAACCCAAAAUGGAUUCAUCCAAUCCGGAUUUCAUAAAAAUCUAGACAAAAAAGAAGACAUCGAAGAUAUUGACAUUUUCUGUGUGACCAAGGAGAGUCGGACUGAGGACUCCCACUCAGUUAAUAAUAACGAGCUCGUUUUCACGAUAAAAUGAGAUAAUUCUCAGAAAAAGGCCCGAAUGGAGACUCAACAAAAGAAAGAGAGUAAAGGACCAGGCAGGCCUAUCAAACAGCCCAAGAAAUCUAAGAGAGGCCGUAAGAAGAAGUCUGAACUUCUUAAAGAGAGAUCUGCCAAGGGUGAACAACCCAAGCCUGUUCAAAUUUCUCGUGAGGAAAAGAAGGCUCGAUAUUAUGAGGAAAUGUUCAGGCGCCAAGAGGAGCGGGAAAAGAAGAAGAAUAAACGUAAGGAAAACAAGUUACAGAAGCAGACCUUCACUGUUGACGAUACUUUCAAUAAGAAGUCUAAAGCUUUAACAAAUGAGGACAUUAACCUAGACUCUAUACACAGUAAAUCCCAACUGUCGAACACCGUUAACAAGAAGGAACUGGAUAAUAUAAAAAUUGAACUUGUUCAUGAUCCGCUGGAUUUCUGAACUCCAGGGUGAUAUGAGUGGCUUGAAAACUCUUUGCACGAAAAUUUCGAUAAAGGGUCAUAUAAAAAUGGAGGUGAAAUUAAAGAAGCCUACCAUUCAAAUUUAGAUAUUUGAAAAAUAGAAAAUAAGAAAAAUAUUUCAAAUUCAAAUUUUGAUGAAACGAUGAUAGAUUCUGAACUUACAGCUCCUAAAAAUAGUGCUAGCUCCUGAAGUUUUAGUUCGAAAGAUAUUUCAUUUAAUAACCCUAUUUUGUCCCAAGCAGACCUAAGAGAAAUAUUCUGAAAUCAAAUUUUGGAAGCCACAAAAUAUCUUCAAACUUCAAAAAUAUCAAAAAUCCAAAAACCAAAGAGUCCAGUAUCUUCAGCUGCUUCCUCCAAGAAAACUCAGAUCACACUCACAUCACUUACAGCCCCUGUUCAGACCUUCAAGAAGAUUUUUAAAAUAACAAAUAAAAAUCGUCCAAAACCGCUCAAAAACAUUUUGAACACACAGACGGAGGCUUCCCAGCCCCAACAACGAUCAGGAGGGUUACGUUCUCUUCACCAGAGGUUGAGGGGAGUAUAACUAUAUUCUGAGGAUUAUUUCCUACUACUUGUUCGAUAAAGGACUUAUA